GUUUGUAAAUAUUGAGGGUGUUGGGUUGUUCAAGAUUCUAAAACUGAAUUUCACGCGUGUUUUAAUGCAGAUCAAUAAUGUGCCGUAUUUAGUUAAGUGGAACUAGCAAUGUAGGGACAAGAAAUGAAUGCUGCAAAUAUGAGCGCGCACAUAAUGUGUUUGACGUCCGGCGGUGGACUACCUUUGUUUUCAAGGAAAAAAGGAGAGGGUGAACCUCUUCCGUUUCCAGUUGUGGCCUCACUAAAUGGUGUUCAUAUGUUUGCAAAAUGCCACAAAAUGAUGCUUCAGAGUACCUCUUCAUCAGACAUGACAGUUGUGUGGCAUGAAGUAGAGGAAAGUGUCAUCCUCAUAGCAGCAGCACAUGGUGCAACUGAAGAUCUCUUACAGAAAUUGCUUUCCCUGGUGCAUAGUACAAUGAUUUUUACAGUUGGCGCAGAGGAGAUAAAGUCACCACGUAAUAUUGAAAGACUGAAGAAGGACCUGAGGGUAUGCUACCCCAUUCUGGACAAAUUACUGAAUGGAUUGGAGGGUGGGGCUGAUUUAUUAGGCCUCCAUGAGGUUAUUCUUUGUCCAGAGAAUCAACUACUCCAGGGAAUUUUAGAUGCCUUCUGUGAGUGUGUCGGUUCCUCCUAUGGAGUUCUCAUGAUUCGUGGUUGUGUGUCAGUUGCCACAUCCAGUUGGUGGUCAUUGGCACCAGUAGAAAGGCAGUUGCUGGUUCUUCUGCUGCAGUGUGGUAAUGAACAUACUGUGGCUCAUGAUGUUCCAGUCUUCCUGCCAGUUAAAAGUCCACAUGUUGCCUAUCGUGUUGUGUCCUGUCUCUUGACGUCUGAUGUGGAGGUGUGUGUGCUGUGUGGACCAACUCCAGGCCUCAGUGAGGUUGAGCGCGCAGCUGCACAGUGCUGGAGGAGUGCCAUUGACUUGUUGCGCAAUACUCAACAGUCCUUUUCUUUUGAUUCUGGAGUUGCUGGUGUUCUAUUAGUUGAUCUGGAAAUGGGAAAGUUCAUGUUGAAUCGCACACCUGGAAUGAAGCGUAUGGAUAUGCUGCGUACAUUCUAUCAGCAUACUGUGAGCUCUAGUGUUUCUCAUGCUUUGGAGAGUUACUGGUGUUCAGAAUAUCAUAAAUGUCACUCAUUGCGAUCUGGUAACAACUUACUUUGUGUUAUGUACUCGGCAACUGUCCCAAAUGUCACCAUGAGGAUUCUAUCCAAGAAAAUUCUGAAAAUGAUUCUAUCGGACAAGCAACUAUGCUGUGCAUCCAACCCAUUUUCAUAUGCCUCCCUUCUACUUCCACUUAAGAAAGGACAGGUAGGCCUACUACAGCAGACAAUUUCCUGAACACUUUUUUAAAAAAUUCUCUUACUUUUUUUUUUUACAACUAUUCAGUUG